AUGGCUGUGGGAUCUGCUUCGCUGCAGGACCGCCUGGAGAGGUGGGCCCAGCGCCUGAAUAAUUUGACCGUCUCACCAUUGACUCGAGACUAUCCCGACACACAGCAGCCUGACAUCAAGCGAGCUAUUGAGGCCUUCGAGUCUAUCAAGCUCCCUAAGGAGACCCAAUUGGCUCUGAAGAAGCUUUCUGGCUCUUCUUCUUCAGGAUUCACGGUCUUUUUGACUGCUUUCAUCGUCCUAGUUGCUCGCUUGACCGGUGACGAGGAUAUCGCGGUGGGGACGAGCGUGGAGGAUGAUGGCCGUCCUUUUGUCCUCCGGGUCCCCAUUGAUAGUUCCGAGACCUUCACCCAGCUUUAUGCUAAGGUGGAUAAGGCAUUCAACGAGGGUGCCUCUGACAUCGUUCCUCUUGGUAGUCUCCGCUCUUACAUCCAAGACAAGUCCAAUUCUGAACGAUCCCCGAUCCUUUUUCGAUUCGCUGCCUACGAUGCCCCAGCUUCUUCGCAAGAAUACCCCGCCAACACUUUUGACAGCACAGAUCUGGUGAUCAACGUUGCUCCCGGCAAUAACUCGCUGGAGGUCGAACUGGGUGCCUACUAUAACCAGCGUAUUUUCUCGAGUGCACGCAUCUCAACCAUUCUGAACCAGCUGGCUCAGAUUGCUAGAAAUGCUGCAGCAAACCCGGAGGAGAACGUUGGCCGAAUCGAUAUGAUGACCGAGAGCCAGCGCGCACUUUUACCGGACCCCACCAAGGAUCUGAACUGGUCCAAGUUCCGAGGUGCCAUCCACGACAUCUUCGCUGAAAAUGCGGAGAAGCACCCUGAGAAGCUUUGCGUGGUUGAAACCAAGUCGAGCAACUCGCCCCACCGCGAGUUCACCUAUAAACAGAUCAAUGAAGCCUCGAACAUCCUCGGACACCACCUCGUAGAAUCUGGUAUCCAAAGAGGAGAGGUUGUUAUGGUCUAUGCCUACCGUGGUGUAGAUCUGGUUGUGGCUGUGAUGGGUAUUCUGAAGGCCGGUGCCACAUUCUCCGUCAUUGACCCCGCAUACCCUCCAGAGCGUCAAAACAUCUACCUUGAUGUUGCCCGUCCCCGUGCCCUAGUCAACAUCGCCAAGGCCACCAAGGAUGCUGGCGAGCUCUCGGACAUUGUCCGAACUUUCAUCAACGAGAACUUGGAGCUGCGUACUGAGGUUCCAGCCCUUGCUCUCCAGGAUGAUGGCACUCUUGUUGGUGGUUCCAUCAAUGGCCAGGAUGUGUUUGCCAAAGAGGUUGAGCUGAAGUCCAAGCCCGUUGGCGUUGUUGUGGGCCCCGAUUCUACCCCUACCCUCUCCUUCACCUCCGGCUCUGAGGGCCGGCCGAAGGGUGUCCGUGGCCGUCACUUCUCCCUUGCCUAUUACUUCCCUUGGAUGUCGGAGACCUUCAAGCUCACCCCGAACGAGAAGUUCACUAUGCUCAGUGGUAUCGCCCAUGAUCCCAUCCAGCGAGAUAUCUUCACUCCACUGUUCCUGGGUGCCCAGCUGCUGGUUCCGGCCAAGGAGGAUAUCCAAAAUGAAAGGCUUGCCGAGUGGAUGCAGAACUAUGGCCCCACUGUAACUCACCUUACCCCGGCUAUGGGUCAGAUCCUUGUUGGCGGUGCUUCUGCUCAAUUCCCAGCUCUGCAUCACGCUUUCUUUGUGGGUGACAUUUUGAUCAAGCGUGACUGCCGCUCUCUGCAGGGUCUGGCACCAAACGUGAACAUUGUCAACAUGUACGGUACCACCGAGACUCAGCGCGCUGUCAGUUAUUACGAAAUCCCAAGCUACUCCAGCCAGGAGGGUUUCCUGGACACUAUGAAGGACGUCAUUCCCGCUGGUCGUGGCAUGUUGGAUGUGCAGAUGCUUGUUGUCAACCGUUUUGAUCCCACACGCAUCUGUGCCAUCGGCGAAGUUGGUGAGAUCUACGUCCGUGCUGCUGGUCUUGCCGAAGGCUACCUGGGCUCUCCAGACAUGAACGCCAAGAAGUUCCUGACCAACUGGUUCGUCAAGCCCGAGGUCUGGAUUGAGAAGGAUAAGGCUGAGUCGCAGGGUGAGCCUUGGCGCGAAUUCUAUGUCGGCCCCAGAGAUCGUCUGUACCGCAGUGGUGACCUCGGUCGCUACACUCCCUCUGGAGAUGUGGAGUGCUCUGGUCGUGCUGACGACCAGGUCAAGAUCCGUGGUUUCCGUAUCGAGCUGGGUGAGAUUGAUACCCAUCUUUCUCGCCACCCUUUGGUCCGUGAGAAUGUCACUCUGGUUCGUCGUGACAAGUUCGAGGAGCCGACUCUAGUCAGCUACUUCGUUCCUGAUAUGACCAAGUGGUCCGAGUGGCUGAAAACCAAGGGCUUGGAGGAGGAUGAUUCUGCUGAGGGUAUGGUGGGUAUGCUGCGCCGCUUCCGUCCUCUGCGUGAUGACGCUCGCGAGCAUCUCCGCAGCAAGCUCCCUACCUACGCUGUGCCUACUGUGAUCAUUCCGCUCAAGCGCAUGCCGCUGAAUCCCAACGGCAAAAUUGAUAAGCCUGCCUUGCCUUUCCCAGAUACUGCAGAGCUUAGUGCGGCCGCGCCCCGUCGCCGCUCAUCGGCCAUGCAGGCCCUUUCCGAGACUGAGCAAGCUCUUUCUCAAAUCUGGGCUAAGCUCAUCCCCAAUGUGACCGCCCGCAUGAUUGGUCAGGAUGAUUCCUUCUUCGACCUUGGUGGUCACAGUAUCUUGGCUCAGCAAAUGUUCUUUGACCUGCGCCGCAAGUGGCGUGGCAUUGAUAUCAGCAUGAACGCUAUCUUCCGCAGCCCUACCCUCAAGGGUUUCGCCGGUGAGAUUGACCGUUUGCUUAACAUUGAAUCGUUUGCAACCAGUGAUGACCCCGACAAGACUGGAGCAGCUCAGGCUAGUAACCAGCCUGAUGAUGAGUACUCGAAGGAUGCGCGCCGGCUGGUCAGUGAACUACCCAAGACCUUCCCUACUCGUACAGACGCGAUGCUCACCAGUGAGCCCACUAUCUUCCUGACUGGAGCUACUGGAUUCCUGGGUGCUCACAUCCUACGAGAUCUACUCACCCGCAAGUCUCCCGAGGCCAAGGUUGUCGCUCUGGUCCGGGCUAAGAACGAGGAGCAAGCCCUUGAGCGUAUCCGUUCCACCUGCCGCGCCUACGGCUUCUGGGACGAGGCCUGGACUAGCAAGCUUCAAGCCCUAUGUGGUGAUCUCGGCAAGCCGCAGUUUGGACUCUCCCAGACAGUUUGGGAUGAUCUCACCGAGAACGUUGAUGCCGUGAUUCACAACGGUGCCCUUGUUCACUGGGUCUACCCCUACGCCACUCUGAAGCCCGCCAACGUUAUGGGUACUAUCGAUGCUCUGAAGCUGUGCGGCAGCGGCAAGGCCAAACAGUUUGCCUUUGUCAGCUCCACUAGCGCUCUGGACAAGGACCACUACGUCCAGGAGUCUGAGCGCAGCCUUGCAGCCGGUGGAAACGGUAUCAGCGAAGAUGAUGACCUCGAAGGCAGCGCUGUUGGCCUCGGUACUGGUUACGGUCAGAGCAAGUGGGCUGGCGAGUACCUGGUGAAGGAGGCCGGCCGCAGAGGCCUGAUAGGAACCAUCAUCCGCUCUGGAUACGUCCUGGGUGACUCGACCACCGGAACCACCAACACUGACGACUUCCUCAUUCGUAUGUUGAAGGGAUGUAUUCAGUUGUCCGCUCGUCCCAACAUCAACAACUCCGUGAAUAUGGUUCCGGUUGAUCAUGUGGCCCGCAUUGUCAUUGCUUGUGCUUUCCACGCGCCUCGUACUCCUGUUGGUGUCGCCCAUGUCACCGGACACCCGCGUCUGCGCUUCAACCAGUUCCUUGGUGCUCUGCAAACCUUCGGUUACGAUGUCCCUCAGGUCGACUACGUUCCUUGGUCCCAGUCCCUCGAGAACUAUGUCAACGAUGGCGAGCAUGACGACAAGGAUUCUCAGCAUGCACUCAUGCCCCUCUAUCACUUCGUGACAGCGGAUCUUCCCUCCAACACCAAGGCCCCCGAGCUGGAUGAUACCAACGCUGCUGCCGCGCUGAAGGCAGAUGCCGCUUGGUCCGGCAUUGAUGCGUCUGCCGGCGCGGGUGUCACGGAAGAGUUAGUCGGUCUGUAUUCGUCAUACCUCAUGCAGAUCGGAUUCCUUCCUGCACCGACUAUCGCCGGAGCCCGGCCUCUGCCGAGUGCCCGUAUUACCGAGGAGCAAAAGCAGGCCGUGAUGAAUGUGGGUGGACGUGGUGGAGCUGCUUAA